UAAUUAUAAGGCCCAAUAGCUACCAUUAUACCUUUUAAACCCUGAAACCCUAAUUUGAGAAUACAUUUACGGCGCUGCGGAGCUAUUAUCUCUCACUCUUUGGUCGUCUCCGAUCUCGUUUCCUUCCAUUUCAGUGUCAAAAUGUCGAUUGGAGAGACUGCUUGCUCAUACGCCCUUCUCAUCCUUGAAGAUGAUAACAUUCCCGCAACUGCUGACAACAUCACAAGUUUGUUGAAAAGUGCAAAGGUAGAAGUUGAAUCCUUUUGGCCCGCCUUAUUUGCUAAACUUGCUGAGAAGAAGAAUAUUAGGGAUUUGAUUGCCAAUGCUGCUGGCGGUGGUGGUGGUGCCGUAGCUGUUGCUGCAGCUCCAGCUGCUGCAGCAGCAGCUGCUCCUGCAGCUGCUGAGAAGAAGGAAGAGCCAAAAGAAGAAGAAGAGAGUGACGAGGAAAUGGGUUUUGGCUUGUUUGAUGAAUAGGUUCUUUUUUUACAAUUUGGUCAAUUUUUGCAGUGGUUCCUUUAACUCUCCUUGGAUAUUGUUCUUAUACAUUUUAAUUUAGCUAUCAGUUGUGUUAUUUUAAGAUUUGGCCAAGUGUAUCUUAUUUUAUUCUCCUUUUUAUUUUUGCUUCACUGUUCUGUUUGAAUAUUUCUCUGCUAUCAAACGUAGUGUGGCAUGUCUUACCAUAUUUCUUGAGUUUGAUAAUGGGACAAUUAAAUUAUAGCUU